AUGGGUGGGAGAAUCCAGAUGGAUGCCGCGUCGAGCGUCGCAGUGCACCAGAGGAAUACGUCAAUGCGCCACGCCGCCGCGGCCAUCGCUAGUGCUGCCACUGACGAUGUCCCGGUCCCCGAAGACGCGUGGGUGACAGCGCAUAACACCAACGUCCUCAACAGCCCCCUAUACCACAUACCCGAGGAGGUGCUACUGCAGAUCACAGAGUCGCUCGACACCCCGGCCCUCUACUGCUUCCGCCAGAGCUGCCGGCGCGGGCUGCGCCUCGUCGCCCCGGACGUCGUGACCGCUAACGCGCCGGCGCCGUGGGAGGCGCUGCGGCGCGACCUGCUCUGCGCGUCCUGCCGCGACGUGCGGACCGGCUGGGAGCGGCCGCUGGCCGUGGUCAACGCCGUCCGCCGCGGCGUGCGCUGCGAUGGCUGUAGCCAGGCGGACCGCAGGGAGCGCCACCACCCGGCGCUGCUCUUCUCGGCGCGGAUGCGCGCCGGUGCCGGGCGCACUCCGGCCGAGGGCCGCCUGUGCCGCGGCCGCGAGGGCCGGAUCCGGCUGUGCGCGCACGUCACCAUCGGGUGGGACCAGGUCGAGGGAGCGGCCAAGUCGGCGGCCAAGGAGCAGCGGCGCGGGGACCGGCGGGUUACGUUGCGGUGCAUGCACAAGUCGCACGACUUCGGCGGGCGCGUCGCCGAGGACGAGCUGGAGAGCAAAGACGGCAAGGACGAGUGGAGCAGCAAGAAGGGCUGGGAGAGUAGGGCCGAGUACCAGCGGCGGCGAUUGAGGAUGCUUCGGGAAGACACCUCGCGCGUGUGGGGGCACUACCCAGAGGUGGUCGUCGAGCCGCCGCCGAGAGGGAGCGCGUUCGGGAGGAAGCCUGACCCGGCGGCGCGCGAGGAGAAGGACGCGGUGGCGAGCGUGCUCGUGCGGCGCAUGUCGGCGCCCUUCUACUUCAGGACCCGGCCGGCCAGCGUCGAGGAGCUGCUGCGGAUGAUGAGGAGGUCGGGCAUGCACGAGACCAUCGCGACGUGCCCGCACAUCACCUUCGACGACGUGGUCCGGCGCUCCUUCGACCCAAACGUGUGCGCGUGUGUGGGCCGCGGCAGGGUGCAGGUGCACCACCAGCACGAGGAGCCCGACGCCAGGUGCUGCAUGUGCCACCAUAUCCAGACGCGCGGCAAGGAGUCCAUCUUCUGCGACACCAUAGACCCAUACGUCAUCCCCUGGGGCCCCGACCUGUCCGACGACGAGGCCGCCGCCACGAGGCCGUGGCACCACCAGCGUCCCAGUCGCGCGAGACACCGGCCGACGCGGCACGGGACGUCGUGCAACGAGUGCCUGACCGAGUACUGGUGGAUGUCCAACCCGAGCCUCUCGCGCAUCGUGCGCCUGAUCAGCACGACGCCCGACUGGGGCGUCGACGGGCCGCUGGACCCGCGCUGGCUGCGGCUCGUCGACGCAAACUGCCACGGCGACGGCGAUAGUGACCACGGCGGCGAAGGACAGGACGCCGAGGCGCAGGACCCACUCACGCGCAACCUGCUAUGGUGCCCCAGCGCGGGCAGCAACAGCGGGCGGCAGUGCGCGGUGGCGCGGCGCGGGCAGGCGUGGGGCCACGGCCUGGAGCGGGCGCGGCACGGCGUCUUCGAGCUGGGCAACGUCUACCUCAACACGGGCGCCAUCGGUACCUUCCUGGCGACGCUGGUGUACGGCGGCGACAGGUGGGAGCCGGCGGCGGCUAGGAACCGUCGCAGGGGCGGCGUCGGGUUCCUGUCGCAGGAGAUGAUCCUGGGCGCCGUCUAAGCCAGCUUGGCUGACUGGCGGCAAAGGAGGCCGCGUCGACAGCAAGAAGGGAAUGCUUACAAGGGGGGCGCCAACCACGGCCGGAAAUGAGUUGGCGAGCACCGCCUCAUUGCUUACGGGGAAAGCUGCAGGCGGCCUAGCGCUACGCCGCACCCAGAUUACGGUCCAUGCUCACCUAUCAGCUUGUGCUUCAGGGACUGAACCUAAUCUCAUUGCCAGGCAUCAAAGAUCCCUUUACAUGGAGCUCACCCGAUAGAAUGAGGAAAGCGCAAUGUGCCACGCAGGUGGAUCAGGUGGCUGUAUUGGAUGGUCUUGGAAGGCGCGGGGGACAUUCGCGCUGGCAAGAGUCAGGCAGUGUUCCAAUCCCCCACCAAGAUUCUCGGCCUCAAUUGAUGCUGAUGGAUUUUAGUCUGUGCACAGUGUAUCGAACCCCGUUGGAAAAUACGUCCAUAUCAAUGAUAAAUCUCCUCGAGAGCAUGCC